AUGAACAACACAUUUCUACGCUCCUUGGGGGGCUUGAGGUCAUCCGUCCCCAGGCUUGCAGCACCUGCUACGUCCACGCUGGCUCCCGCUGCCAGCAGACUCCGAUUACAACACGCAAACUGGUUCAACACGUCGGCACCCGUUGCCGAGCAGCCCUCGCUGGCAAAGGCACAAAGUUCCAACCCAUCAGACGUAUCCAUCAGCGCGCCGUCCUUACCGCCGAACCCACAAACGGAGUCAGCACCCUCCUCCGUCCCAGACCUCCUCCCGCUCCUCGCCGCCCAGCCGAAGCACUACAUAACGGUCCACAUCCAUGGAAAGCCGUACCUCGUGACCCCGGGCGACUCUGUACGCCUGCCCUUCAAGAUGCCCGGCGUUCUUCCCGGCGACACGCUCCGCCUAGACCGCGCUACCACCAUCGGUUCGCGCGACUUCACCUUGCAGGGCAAGCCAUAUGUCAGCACCGAUCUGUUCAGGUGCCGUGCCACCGUCAUUGGCACCGACUCUGAGCCGAUUCGCCUCAAGGUCGUCAAGAAGCGGAGAACUAGACGUGCAAAGACCAUCAAGAGCAAGCACUUCUAUACCACCAUCCGUAUCUCUGAGCUCAAGAUUCUUCUGCCCGAAGAGCCUGCCCCGAAGCCCGCUUCUGCACCUGGGUACAGUGACACUGGCAUUGUCUGGUCUUGA